AUGACUGCAAGAUCUUUAUCUGAGAAUGAACAGUGUGUCUCUGGUGAGAAAUUCGAGCACUGUGCUCGAGCUUACGAGCCGUAUAAAACAGUUAUGCAGAUAUCUUUGCGUGUCAUCUUGCCUAACAGUGACUGGAGGCUCGAGUUACACGCCGAAACUGCCCAAAAACAUUGGAAUGUCGUUCAUUUGCAUAGGUGUCACUUCCUUCUCUGGACAAGAAAUCAGCAGUUUGAUUUCGUUUACCUGGCAGGCAAGUCGGGUGAACCUGAGAUUUCGGCCGUUGAAGAGGAAGGACAGGUAAUCUCGAGAUUCUUCGGCCACUUGUACCUGCCAAUAUCCGGCGCUGAGGUCGACGGUGGAGUAUAUGGUCUUGCCAUGGAACGUCUGCAACACCUGAUCGAUCUGGGCGGGAGCUUCACGGUCGUCGUCGAGAAUCAUAUUCAGCUGGCGGGCGUCGAGACAGAGUCGGGUGGAGCCGUCCUUCUUCGAAACGCAGGUAAUACCAGGAAGGAGUAUGGGAAGCACUUUCCUUCGACUUGGAUCUCCAGGAGGCAUUGUUUAGAUAUUCGGAGACGACGUCCUGGUGUGACACCUGAUAGGUAGGUUGAGGUUAACGGUAAUGUGGCUAUUUCUGUUAUGUUUUUCAGGCGGGAAUAAGAAUCAUUCUGGAUUAAGCUAACUUGUGAUCCAGUAUCUAUGAGAGCUUUGAAUUGUAGGCUGGCUAUUUGUAUGGUUAUAUAGGUUUGAAAAUGUUCAUGUAUUUCUUGGAUGCUGGAGUUUUCUUCUUCUAGUAAGGUUUCUCUGAUGUUAUUAUAUAGCGUGGUAAGGCAGGUAGGUUCUUUUCCUGUAUCUGGAGCAGUGGGGUUGUCUAGAUUUUCCAUUCCAUUCAUUUUUGCAGGUUGGGUGGGCUUAAACCGUAUAGAGCGGCAACGACGGUAGAUUCCUCUGAGUUUCGGUUGUUUACCUUGGAUUAUUUCGACUGGCGGGGUUGACGGAUCAGUAUUUUU